UCCCCGUAACGCCAAGCGGCUAAGUACUUGCUUGCUUAGUGCGACGCCGUGGCCUUUCUUGUUAUCAUUUUCAGUUCUGAAGCAAAAUGGAAGGAGGAGAGAGCGACGACGACCAAGUGAUGAGUGAAGUCCAUCUAGGUUGUCCGCCUAACUUCUCAGGCCCCUACGUUACCCACUUCACCUUUUCAUCACCCUCUAAUAAAGCUGAUUUGAUCGGUUCAAAAAUUAUCAGUUUGGAUGAGGACGGCGAUCUUGUUCUUGCCCGGAGGAAGGAUGGAAAUAAUGCGUACAGGGGUCAAAACCAUGCGUAUGAUACCGGAUGCCAAUCUUUUAAAUUGGAUGACGACGGUGAUCUAGUCCUAUCUAGGAAACGAAAAAGCUGCGGUGAGUUUCAACUUUCAAAAAGUAAUUUUAAGCCCUUGAUAU